UCAUGAACGAAGAGAGUUUUUUUUACAUAAUAAGGAAACCAGCAAGAUGCUUCCAAAUGGGAUAUCAUCAAAUCUUUCUUACACAAACAGAGUUUUGACUCCUUCCACGGUUUCGUUUGUGGGUUGAACUUCUAUUCAGUAGCUAUUCCAAAUACCUUGUUCUUAUCCAUCACAUCACUGGUUUUCUCUCCUCCUUCCCUUCACCAUUGUUUGUCAGACUGUAAUCUAAUCAUGGUCGAAAGAGACGAAGGCAGCAGAAAUGGCAAGAGAAAUAAUGGAACUGACAGGAAGCAACAAUCACCUCCCACCUUCGUCAAUCACUUCGCUAAAUACAUGGAAUCCAAAGUUUCCUAUGCCGAAGCUCUUCGACUAGGUCACACAAAUCUGGAGAUUCUCCGCCUGAAUUCCGCACUAGGUGGUUCCGGCACGAUUACGGCUGUUCCGUUCCAAUCGGACGGAAAUCUAUCGAGAUCUUACUCGACUCCCUCCUUUGACUCUUCAGCACCCUCCACGCCUUCACUGCCUCACUCGAUUUCGUCUCCAGAUCUCGAGAGUCAAGACUCCCCAACAGAGAACGACAACAACAACAGUUCAUCAGCUCAUGAUUUCCCUAAUUCUUCUUUUUCUUCUGCAACUACUGAACCCUCUUCUAAUCCCUCUGCCUCAAUUAAUCCCUUGUAUUUUGGAAAACUUAAAAGCUGUCUAUCACUCCCCCAAUCGUUUCCUUAUCAAUUCUCUUCUACUUGUACUGAUCUGAAAACUACCAGUAAUGGAAAACUCCCUCCUCCUCCUCCUCCUCCUUAUUCUCCGUCGCGCGUAUCCAAUUCUGGUAUCGUUAGAGAAGAGUUGCAACGUCUGAUCAAACGUGCAAUGGAGUCCGGUAAUUUUCAGAGACAAUGUGCAAACUGUGGCAAUUCUCAGCAUUGUUGUGGACAGACCAUACUUGAAGCGGUUUCCUCUAUCCCUCCCGCCCCAUAAAAUGCAUUCCUCAUGGGCUGGAGGAGGUUUGGACUUUGGAGCCUGCAAGACCUGUCCAAAUCAUAACAAAGACUAAUUAGGUAGCAUUCUGAGAUAUUGUUGGCCAUGCUAAAUCUUCAGUCAUACUGGCAAUGAAGGCUAAUGGGGAAAUGAUAUGAGUUUGAGGGGAAAUACUACAUUUUCUCAUGUUGUUCAUAAAGCUUCUUCUUCUUCUUUUUUUGCGGAUUGUGCUCCUCUGCAUAUGCUGUUACUCUGCUCCUUUUCAUCUAGAAUGCCAGUGAGCGUUGACGUUUCAGAAUAACAUUUGCGGAGGCAUCAGAUUUCAAUCUGAACUACUAGAAUUGAGGGUGUACAUUUGUAUAUUUAUUCUAGAAAGCUGAUGCUACGCGGACUUCGAAUCCGUAUUUGUAUAUGUUCUGAAGCAUUUGAUCCAACUUGGUUCAUCUCUCUUGGUAUCCAUUGAUAGGUCAACUUCUUCUUUCAUUGUAUUGCUUCAUUAGUAUUGUGCAUACGUGGAUCUAGAUAACUAACGUCCAGGGCAAGAAAUUUGUUCUCUUUUA